GACAUUGGCAAUGUCAUUUUGUUAUGAAUUUCAGGUUUCAGUUCAGUCAAGUUAAUCGUUGAUACUUUGGGGAUCAAAAACAUAAUAAUAAUUAACACUUUUGAAUUACAGUCUCACAUUAUUUAAUAUCCAUAUAUAGAAACUAUUUUUUUACAGUUCGUGUAAAGAAUCUCCUCAAUACAAAAUGCCGGCAAUUGAUUCAGCUUUGAGUGAUGAGGAUUACAUUAUUGCCAAAGCAAAAGACGCCCAGAAGUAUAAUAUUCACUCGGCAAAAGCAUGGAUGUUAACUGCAAAAACAUUAUUUCCUGCAAACUUUAAAAUUCAAUUUGAAGCUUACUUGAUGGAAAAGCAAUCUGGAAAUGUCCAAGAAGCAGCUGAAUGUUUUAGUUCCUUAAUGAAGUCGAGGCAGAAUCUUCCAUCUUUAUUACCUGAAAUAUCAGCAAUUGCUAAUGCUUUAAGAUCAUCGGAAGGAAGCUUUUUAAGUCAAAUGUUUGAUAAUAUUUGUCCAGAUAUACAAUUGACUAUACUCAAGACAAGUGUUGAGAAUAGUGAUGACACAAUGGAACACUGCCGUUUACUAGUUUUACUUUUAAAAAAGUUUCCUCAGCUUGGUGUUGAUAGUUUAGUGAAGACGUUAAUUAAUGCUGAAAAAUUCUUUUAUGACAACCGCUAUGCUAGACUUUUAGUAGUAGAAACAUUGCCAUUACUCAGUUCUUUAGAAUCACCAAGGUUGUUACAACGCUUGGUAAUAAAAGCUAUAGAUUUUUAUAACUCUUAUGUUUAUGAUGAAAAUGAACAUGAUAUUACAGAUCCAUGGCAAAGACUCUUUGGUGUCUUAGAUUUGAUGGGGAGGCAAUUGGGUUGGGAUUCAUUUUUUGUAAAUUAUAGCAAUAGUUUAAAUAAAGAAACAUAUUUUCAAAAAUUAUUGACAUUGAGGAACAGUGAAGACUGUCGUCAACUCUUGUACUGUGGAACAACAUUCUUUUUGAGAUCACUCUAUGAACAUAAAUCUUUAAAAGGAAAUCAUAUUCUUGUAGAGGCCCUCUCGGAUCCUGAAGUUGCCCCAUCUAAAAGAAGAAAAGGUGAUUUGGAAGUUACUGGUAUAUCAUCACAUCAAUUCCAAGCUGCUGCUAAUUGUUGGGAGUUGCUACACAGCAAUGAUCUUAUUUCAAGAGAAUUCACAAAACUGGCAAAUCAAUUACAAACCAAGCCAUGGUCUGAAGGCUUUGCUGAUGAAUUUGCUUUAUACAGAGGAAAAUAUGAAGAAGCUAUGCCUCAAGCAACGGUAACAAAUUUGACAGCUUGUGUAGUAAGAGUAUCUAUAAAUUAUUUCCAAAAAAAUUAUACUGCCUGUAUUGAAAGUAUACUGGCUGCAUUGCCCCAAUUACCAAAUGUAGAAGGCAUUUUAGAACCUGAAUUGAUUGUAGGGGGAAAACAUAGACAUCUACAUUUCUUGCCUCUUACUAAAGUUGCCAUUAUGCAUUACUUUUGUACAUUACUUAUAAGAAUUUUAUUAAACACUGGUAAUACCACUGACAUAGCAUAUGGUCACAUGCUUGUACUAAUGCAACUUGGAUGGCCACAGGAAGAAGCUAUAUUUAUUCGUAUACUUGAUGUCAUAAGACAAAAAGGUGUAUUUCACUAUCACCUUUUCACUUCAUACAUAAUUCACAUUGAUAUAUUAGAAGAACUGAGUUUUAUAUGGAAUGAACAGGGAAACAAUGUUGUGCUCGAUAUUUUGCCAAAUUCUCAACAACAUUUGGGACAGCGAAGAAUCGGUACCAGAGGAGCAGAUAAAGGUGUGAAAGAAGAUUUUAAACAAGCUAUGAAGGCGCAAGUCGCAAGGAGUAAUGAAUCUGUGCUAAAUGUAAUGAUACAUUUCAUUACAUCCGAAAGAGCUUUUUUUCUACAGUUAGGAUAACAUUCUGUUAGAUGU